AUGAGUGCACUAGAGUUGACAGGUUGGGGUAUUGCAAUGCAAGAUGGCUAUCCAUUAGGUUGUAAGAAAUGGUUUUUAGAGGGAUGUAGAUCUGUCAUUGGCGUGGAUGGGUGCCAUUUGACGGGACCAUACACAGGACAAGUUUUAACAGCUGUUGGGGUUGAUGGGAAUAAUGGAAUGUUCCCCAUUGCCUAUGCUGUAGUUGAAGCUGAAAAUAAGAGUUCUUGA